AUGGCGGAAUAUAAGGUCACCAUCACUACUGGAGAAAUGAUGUGGGGUGGAACAUUCGACAACGUCUUCAUUACACUUGUCGGUACUGAGGGAGAAAGCGAGCGCACGAUGCUUAAUGAGGGUCGGGACUUCGCCGGGAACUCGGGGAAAGAGUACAUAGUGAAGUGCGAAUCAGCUCUGGGAAAAAUCAUUCUAAUUGGUAUCGAGAAGGAGCCAUAUCUCUUCCUACCAGAUGAUGACUGGUUCUGUGCAAAGGUGAAGGUGAUAACGCCUGAAAAAGAAGAACUACAUUUCCCAUGUUAUCGCUGGAUUAAGGAAAGGCAUCUGGUGUUUAUUAGAGAGGGCAAAGCACUGACUCCGUUUAAAGAGGAAGAUGAUAAGCUGAUACUUAUGAGACAGGCAGAACUGGAGACACAAAAGAAAGCUUAUCAAUGGAAAGAGUUUAUAGAGAAGCUACCAUACUGCAUCGCUGCUGAUGAUGCCAAAGAACUUCCUCCUGAUCUGCAGUUUACUUUCGACAGAUCCAUGGAGUUCCUCUUGAAUUUUUAUGUCACGAUGGCUGAGCUAAAAUGCAAGUUCUUGGCUGACAGCAAGAAGCCAUGGGCCAAUCUGUCUGACAUCAGUGGCGUGUUCUGGUUCAACAAGACUGAGACCUUCACGUAUGUCCAAGAGCACUGGAAAGAGGAUCCGUUUUUCGGCUAUCAAUUUCUAAAUGGAGCGAAUCCCAUGGUGAUCCAGUGCUGCAAGAAAUUACCAGAAACUUUCCCAGUUACGGAAGACAUGGUCCAAUCUUCUCUGAAGGGCAGUGCCCUUGCACUUGAGAUGAUGAAUGGGAACAUUUUCUUGUGUGAUUACAAGCUUUUACUUGACUUGCCAACCAAUGUCAUCAACAUGCGUCCGCAACAUGUGGUUGCUCCCAUCUGCCUGUUCCACAGAACUGCUGAAGACAAGAUAGUGCCUAUUGCUAUCCAGCUGAGGCAGGAGCCAGGGGAGCUGAGCCCAAUCUUCCUGCCCAGUGAUUCAGAGGAGGACUGGCUCCUGGCCAAAGUGUACGUGCGUGCGGCCGAUUUCAUUGAGCACCAGCUUCACUAUCACCUUUUAAGAACUCACUUGCUGGCAGAGGCCUAUUGUCUGGCCACAUUGCGCAAUCUACCUACAGUCCAUCCCGUUUACAAGCUGUUGAUUCCUCACACACGCUUCACAGUGCAUAUCAACCUUCAGUGGAGAGAGAAGAUAAUGUCAAAAGAUGGAUUCUUUCCUAAGUACACUGCCACAGGGAGUGAUGGGAUGGUGGAAGCACUGAAGAGAGCAUAUCCCACCGUGACCUACCGGUCCCUUUGCCUUCCUGAAAACAUUGAGGACCGUGGUCUGAAAGACGUGCCCAACUUCUACUACAGGGAUGAUGGCCUUGCUCUCUGGGACAUCCUGUUUAAGUAUGUGGAUGGAGUGAUGAGGUUCUUUUACAAGUCUGAUGCCGAGGUAGCUUUGGAUAAAGAGCUACAGGACUGGAUCCUAGAUAUCUUCACACACGGCUUCCUGAAGAAUGCAGAAUCAGGAAUCCCACAGGCUUUUCAAUCAGUGGAUAAAGCUGUGAAGUUCCUUACGAUGGUGAUCUUCAACAUGACAGCACAACACUCAGCAGUGAACAGUGGACAGGUGUAA